UCUAUGUGUAUAUAUCUCGUGUUCAGUACAUGUAUACUUAACUUAAGAUUAGUUCCUUGAAAUCAAAUGGAAAAUAAAACAUAAACUUUGGAUAUGGAGUCACUCAGAAUUUACAUCAGUGGGGCCCACAGUACGGGUAAAACCACCGUAAUCCACGACCUCCUCCCCUAUCUACCGGGGGUCAGGGUGGAGGUAGAGACGGCCAGGCGGAUCAUAAAUAGUCACGGGUGGAGGCGAGACGAUUUUCAUCCCGACCGAUCCCCAGAGUUAUUUGAGCAGUUGAAUCGAGAAAUACUUUUAGCAAAUAUCGAACUUGAAAAGGAGAAUUUUGUUGCACAUAGAGGUUUUCUGUGUGACCGUUGUCUGGAUCCCAUGGCGUACAUGGAGAUGUACCUCGGUCCGGAGGCGCUGGAGAGGGCGGUCCACACGGAGGGACUGAGUGACAUGAUAGCAAGGUUGCAGACGUCUGUGAUAUUCUUGAUAGAGCCCCAGCCCGAGUGUAUCUCUGACGACAGUGUGCGAGUGGUCUCCACGCUUGACGAACUGCGGACGUACUCCACGCACCUGAAGCGUCUGUACGCGCGCUUCAACAUACCGUACGUCACAGUGCCAAUGCUCGACCGUCAAGAGCGCGUUUCGUUUAUUUUGCAAUAUUUGCGGGAAAAAUCGUCCAGUCUAGGAGAAAGUGUGUAAACUUUGUCUAGAGGGCAAAGGGUUCUACGAGAAGGAAACAUUACUUUUAUCAGAAAGCACUGCCAAAUUGUAGGGACUUCAUCACCUGCAUAACAAUGUAUCACAAUAAAUAAUUAUAUUAUACAUAUUAUAAUAUAUCAUACUAUUAUUCAUUGUAAUUU